CCCGUCCGACCAGUUCGACCAGAUGACGUAGGCGGAAAGAGGACAGGUGAACUGGGAGGACAACCGGGCGACCAUGUUGGUGUCACCUGGCUCCGCCUCCGGAGGACCCGCGUCAUAUGGGCUGCGCUCUGUUGCCUUUGCCAUUUGUUUUCGAGUGCUCGACUCGUUUACUCGUGAGUGUCGCGGUAGUUUGAGCUCGACUGCAUUCAUUGUUGCUGGCUAGGCUUCGGAACCAACACGCCACGCCCUGAAUGCACCUUCUUAAAGGCACAGAUGGCAGAAUUGCCCUUGAGGGGGACCCGCUUGGAAGUUACGCGCGCACGCACGCCCCCGACACGGUUGAGGUCUUUUAUCAUUUCAUCAUACCUGAGGGAUUGUUUGGUACGGACAGCAGGAGGAAGAAAGAUGUCAUUGGCGAGGAGCAUCAGCGUGAAAUCUGCUUCAGCUUUCAAUCUUUCCUGGUGUGGGCGGCCAAUGCCGGACCUGUGGCGGGCGUCCGCCUGCGGUCGCAGCAGUCGUGGCAGCGUGGCCGGCAGCACCCCCUAGCCAUGCCGUCGUCUACGCGCAAAGGGGCGCCCAAGGACCCCGAGCUCGCUGAGCUCUUCUUCAAAGAUGACCCCGAGGACGUGUUCUGCGACCUGCACGAGAUCGGACAUGGCAGCUUCGGGGCCGUCUACUUUGCCCGCAACUCGUAUUCCAACGAGGUGGUGGCCAUCAAGAAGAUGUCCUACAAUGGCAAGCAGACCACUGAAAAGUGGCAGGACAUCAUCAAGGAGGUGAAAUUUUUGGGGCAGCUGAGGCACCCCAACACCAUCGAAUACAAAGGAUGCUACCUGAAAGACAACACCGCCUGGCUGGUGAUGGAGUAUUGCCUGGGCUCCGCCUCCGAUUUACUCGAAGUUCACAAGAAACCACUGCAAGAGGUGGAAAUCGCCGCCAUUACCCACGGUGCCUUGCUGGGACUGGCUUACUUACAUUCCCACAACAUGAUUCACAGAGACGUGAAGGCAGGGAACAUCCUGCUGACGGAGCCUGGCCAGGUUAAGUUGGCCGACUUUGGCUCCGCCUCCAUCGCCUCGCCCGCCAACUCCUUCGUGGGGACGCCCUACUGGAUGGCCCCCGAAGUGAUCCUGGCCAUGGACGAAGGCCAGUACGAAGGAAAAGUGGACAUCUGGUCGCUGGGGAUCACCUGCAUCGAAUUAGCCGAACGCAAGCCGCCAUUGUUCAACAUGAACGCCAUGAGUGCCUUAUAUCACAUCGCGCAGAACGACUCGCCCACCCUGCAGGCCAACGAGUGGUCAGACCCUUUCCGGAGCUUUGUGGACUACUGCCUACUGAAAAUUCCUCAGGACAGACCCUCGUCGGGGGAGCUGCUGCGACACGACUUUGUGCGCCGGGAGCGGCCGGCGAGGAUCCUGCUCGACCUGAUUCAGAGGACCAAAGAUGCCGUGCGCGAGCUGGACAACCUGCAGUACCGCAAGAUGAAGAAGAUCCUCUACCAGGAGAAGCACAACGGGCCCAUGGGGGAGAGCCAGGAGGACGAGGAGGACAGUGAGGCGGCCAGCUGCAAGAUGAACAGCCUGGGCAGCAGUCACUCCAUACCCAGCACGUCGGUCAGCACGGGCAGCCAGAGCAGCAGCGUCAACAGCCUGCAGGAGGUUCUGGACGACAUUAGCGUGAUGCACCCGCACGACUACGGGAGCACCCUGGACUCCUCCGUGCACACCGAAAAGGAGCAACAGUACACCUGGGAUGACGGCAUUCACCCCAAGAGCAGCCAGGCCCAAAACUACAAGAACCAGGCCCGCUUUGCGACCAUCAAGUCUGCAUCCUUGGUGACCAAGCAGAUCCACGAGCACGAGCAGGAGAGCGAGCUGCGCGAGCAGAUGUCGGGCUACAAGCGCAUGCGGAGGCAACACCAGAAGCAGCUGAUCGCCCUGGAGAACAAACUCAAGGCCGAGAUGGACGAGCAUCGCCUCAGGCUGCACAAGGAGGUGGAGACGCAGGCCAACAACGCCUACGUCGAGCUGGAGAAGCUGGCCAAGAGGCAGGCCGCGCACGCCGACAAGGAGGCGAAGGCGUCGCUGGCCGAGGAAAAGAAGUUCCAGCAGCAGAUGGUGGCGCAGCAGAAAAAGGAGCUCAGCACAUUCCUGGACACGCAGAAGAAACAAUACAAACUCUGCAAGGAGAAGAUUAAGGAGGAGAUGAGCGAGGACGCGAGCACGCCGAAGAAGGAGAAGCAGGAGCGUCUGUCCAAACACAAGGAGAACAUGCAGCACUCGCAGGCCGAGGAGGAGGCCGACCUGCUGGCCCGCCAGCGCCUGCGGCUGGAGCGCCACGCGCGCGCCUUCAAGCGCAGCGCCCUGCUCGCCCGCCACCGCCUGGAGCAGGAGCACAUGCGAGAGGAGCUGAACAAGAAGAAGAGCCAGAAGGAGCUGGAGCACGCCACGCUCAUCCGCCACGACGAGUCCACGCAGGAGCUGGAGGGCCGGCAGCUGCGCAGCCUGCAGAAGCUGCGCGAGGACCUGAUCCGCCUGCAGCACCAGACGGAGCUCGACAACCAGAUGGAGUACAACGGCCGACGCCAGAGGGAGCUCCACCGUAAACACGUCAUGCAGCUGCGGCAGCAGCCCAAGAACAUCAAGUCGCUGGAGCUGGCCAUCAAGAAGCAGUUCCAGGACACGUGCAAGGUGCAAAGCAAGCAGUACAAGGCGUUACGCCACCACCAAUUGGAGGUGACGCCCAAGGGCGAGCACAAGAGCGUCCUCAAGGCGCUCAAGGACGAGCACACGCGCAAGCUGGCCGUCCUCGCCGAGCGCUACGAGCACAGCAUCAACCACAUGAUGGCCUCGCAGGCGCUGCGCCUGGACGAGUCCCAGGAGGCGGAGUGCCAGGCGCUUCGGCAGCAGCUGCAGCAGGAGCUGGAGCUGCUCAACGCCUACCAGAGCAAAAUCAAGAUGCAGACGGACGCGCAGCACGAGCGCGAGCGACACAAGCUCGAGCAGAAAGUCUCGCUCCGACGUGCCCACCUCGAGCAAAAGAUGGAGGAGGAGUUGCUGUCGGUGCAGAAGGAUCGCACGGAGCGCAUCAAGCAUCUGCUGGAGCGCGAGGAGCGCGAGCUGGACGCCUUUGAUGCGGAGAGCGCGCGGCUGGGCUUCGCCAACUUGGCCGCGGCGCUCGACUGGGCCAAGGACGACUACAGAUGAGGGGCGGGCGCCGGUCGGCUCACCCCAGCGGCU